GGUUCUGUCUGAGGUGGAUUUCGAGGAGCGCUUCGCGGAGCUGCCCGAGUUCCGGCCCGAGGAGGUUCUCCCCUCCCCCACCCUGCAGGCCCUGGCCACCUCCCCCCGCACCAUCCUGGGCAGCUACCGCAAGAAGCGCAAGAACUCCACAGUGUGGGUUGAUGUUAUGCAAAUGAGGAGGGCGUGGCCUGACCUCGGCCCCUCCCUGGGGAGGCUCUCGGGGUCCCCCCCGGCCCCUGACCCCCUGACCCCCCCCGGCGCAGGGGGCGAGGGCGAGGACGUGCUGGGGGAGCUGGAGUACGACAAGGUGCCCUUCUCGUCGCUGCGGCGCACGCUGGACCAGCGCCGCGCCCUCGUCAUGCAGCUCUUCCAGGAGCACGGCUUCUUCCCCUCGGCCCAGGCCACGGCGGCGUUCCAGUCGCGCUUCCAGGACAUUUUCCCCACCAAGCUCUGCCUGUCCCUGUCCCUGCCUGUCCCCAAACUGUCUCUAAUUGUCAUUAAUUGUCUCUAA